AUGGCCAAAAUUAACUUUGUUUCCUUGAUUUCCCGGGACGACAAGCCCUUAUACAUUCAGCUGUUCGAUGUGGGCGACUCCUUGGGCAAAGACGAUGCCAACCGUUUUUUGAAAUACAACUUUCUUUCCCAUAUGGCGCUAGACGUGUUUCUGCUGCCCAUGUCCUUGAAUCUCAGGGAGCAGCAGCAACCGCAAAGCCACGAUGGCAUUCUACUUUUGUUCAUUCAAGAUGAAGUGAUGGUCUACGGGAUGGAGACGAACAACGGGUUGAAGAUCGUUGUGGGUGUGGGAGAAGGUGAGCCAUUGCUGGCCGACUUGAAGGAGGUGUUUUCCAAGUUGUACAAGGUCUACUUGCGGCAGAUCUGCAAUCCGUUCACGGAUUUGGAAAAGGGAGAGGAUGUUUUGCAGACGAAGCGGUUUGACAGUGGUGUCAAGGCCAUUGUGGAUGCUUUUCCAGCCAAGCCGGUUGCUCCGUAA